AUGCUUUCAUCAAUUUAUAGUUAUUUUUUCAACAACAACUCAUCAUCAUUAUCACUAGACUCAGGUUCGCAACAGCAACAGCUGAGAUCUUAUGCCACAAACAACCCAAAUGUGUCAUUGGACUAUGUCAACACUUUUCAUCCUAGAUUAGUCACUAUCUUCCACCAAUUAGAUGCCAUUGCUCCUAGAUUCUUGUUGAAUAAAGGCGACAUUGAAAUCUUGUCAGAACCAGCUCAAUUUUAUCAGACUUUGAAAACCAAGAUAUCGCAAGCUAAACAGAGGGUGUACUUGUCGUCAUUAUACAUUGGCAAAACUCAAUACGAGUUAGUUGAAUGUAUUGAUGAUGCGUUGGCCAAAAAUCAGGAUUUAAAAGUCUACUUGUUGACUGAUGUCUUGCGUGCAACUAGAGAAGCACCUCAUCAUCCAUCUUCAGCAUCUUUGUUGGCUCCAUUAGAACAAAAAUACGGUAAACAUCGAGUAGAUAUUCGAAUGUAUCAUACGCCAAACUUGACAGGAUUAACCAAAAAAUUAGCUCCCAAGAGAUUAGAUGAAGGAUGGGGUGUGCAGCAUAUGAAGUUGUAUGGGUUUGAUGAUGAAAUUAUCCUUUCUGGAGCUAAUUUGUCAGAAGAUUACUUCACCAAUAGGCAAGAUCGAUACUAUUUGUUCAAAAGUAAACUGAUAACGGAUUACUAUUUCCGUCUUCAUCAAGCAAUUGCAUCAAUUUCAUAUCAAAUUCGUCAUACAACUCAAUUGAAACAAGGCUUUAAAUUGGUUUGGCCUACAACCAAUGCAUCUUGCGAACCACAUAUAAACACUCAUCGAUUCCUUAGUGAUGCUUCGCACCUAUUACUGCCUAUAUUGAAACAACACGAAUUAACUUCAUUUGAUGAGUUUAAGGAUCAUGAAAAUUUUGACACUAUUGUGUACCCUGUAUCACAAUUUACGCCAUUGUUUCUUCCAAAUCAAGACUUGUCAACGGAAAAACCAGCAAUUUUACGAUUACUAUCGUACAUUGACUCGCCAAAGAUUAGAUGGUGGUUUACUGCUGGUUAUUUCAAUAUGUUGCCACAAAUCCAGGAUCGAUUAAUCAACAGUAGUGCUCAAGGUUCUGUGAUCACUGCGUCACCAAAAGCCAACUCAUUUUAUAAAUCGUCAGGAUUAUCCUACUACUUACCUGAAGCAUAUCUCCUUUUUGCAAAAAGGUUUCUUGAACAAGUGAAAAAACUAGGCAAGGAAACAUUGAUCACCGUGUACGAAUGGCAAAAUGGUGUAGUCAAUACACCAGGCGGAUGGACUUAUCACGCAAAGGGAUUAUGGCUCACCGUUCCUGAAGAAGAAGAUCCUAGUAUUACCGUAAUCGGCUCAUCAAAUUACACCAAGAGAGCAUAUAGUUGUGAUUUGGAAAGUAAUGCCAUCAUCAUCACAAAGGAUGAUGAAUUGAAGCAGGCGAUGAAGCACGAGAUUGAUCACUUAAUGGAGCAUGUGUCAGAAUUGACUGUGGAUGAUUUCCAACCAAAACCACUACUGAUGGAUGCAACACAGAGUGGAGUUGUAAUUCAAGAUAUACCAGAUGAGAAGCUUGGUGGUAGAGAUGAAGACCUGGAAAAAAGAGAUAAACCUCAUCACCCGAAAUAUGCUAUUGAUGAAGAUAGAAGGAUCAGUUAUAGAGUACACUUGGCUGUGAAACUACUUGGUGGGAAAUUAUAA